AUGCUACUCUUCAUUCUUGAGGCCAAACUCGACGAUGACUACUAUCCUUCACGCGUGCUUUCUGUUCUGCACCAGAUCGAUCGCGCCAUCAUCGCAAGCCCAGAACCGGUUCCUGACAUCGAAUUCUCUAUUGUCAUCACAGAUCUACCCGAUGAACACACCACCGAAACGCAUUCACAUCACACUUUCUGGGCACUUUCUAGGCUACCACAUGACAGAAACAUAUGGCUGCUCCCGGAUUUUGGUUAUUGGUCAUGGCCGCUAGACCUCGUGGGCUCGUAUGAACAGAUCCGUGUCGAGAUGAUACAGAACCAGUUGGCGUGGGAAGACAAGGUUCCGAAGAUGUUAUGGCGAGGUGCGUUGAAGACGAAUAAACUACGUCAGACCAUGUACUGGGCCACACGAAACAAAGUUUGGGCCGACGUCGAAGAGGUCAAGUGGCAGAACAGAACCGAGGUUUCGGCAGGUUCCACUGCGUCGGCAAUUUCAAUGGUGGACCACUGCAACUACCAGUACCUCAUGCAUACUGAGGGGAGAAGCUACUCCGGUCGUGGAAAAUAUCUCCUUAAUUGCGGCUCGGUAGUCAUCAUGCACAAGAGCGAAUGGAUUGAGCCUCAACAGGAUGUCUACGUCAAGUCUGGUGCUGAUCAGAACAUCGUCGAGGUUGAGCGCGACUUUUCUGACCUAGACGGGAAGAUACAGCAGCUUUUGAAGGACCCCAAGCUUGCAAGAUCGAUUGCGAAGAACAGCCAGAAGACGUUCCGGAACAGGUACCUGACGCCAGCAGCACAGGCGUGCUACUGGAGGAAGCUCUUCCGUGCCUGGGAAGAAGUGAGCUUCCGACCAGAGCCAUUCGAAACAGUCAAUGGAAGAGCAAGACUGCGCGGUAUCCCGUUCGAAACCUUUGUGUAA